AUGCUUUUCGAUAAAAUACAAAUAUCUUCUAUUAAUGGAAAUAGAAAUAGAAACACUAAUAACCAUUUUAACAAUAGUAAAAACUUGAUGGAACAUCCAACACCGUCCAAGUCAAAUGCAAAUUUAAGUAUAAAUACUUUAUUUAAUAACGAUGCCCACUCAUCUGUAUCACCUGCACCCGCAUCUGCUCCUGGAACUGGUACUGGAACUGGUACUGGAACUAUAACUUUUAAGAAUAACAGCAAUAAUGAUAUAGGAUUGGACAUCGAUAUGGACAUAAUCGAAGAAGAAGAUCAAAAUGAGGAUAACAUCUUAUUCCCACCAAACGCAUCUUAUAUCAACCAAUUAAAUCAGAAUAAUGGUAAUUCAGGAUUUAGAACCCCUGUCAACAAUUUAAGUCUACAGUCUCUAAUCAACCAACAGCAACAAUUUGGUAAUAACAGCGUCUACAUGAAAAAUUCAAACCAAGGUAGUAACAUAUCUUUAGCAAGUUCCAUAACAGAUAUCCAACCUUCGGUUAAACAGCAACAAUAUAUUUCAACCAUGUCAAAUAAUCUAUCUCAACCAUUUGUUAAUCUAUUAUUGGACGUUUAUCAAAAUUAUGUCUCUGAACCUUCAACCACCCCUUUUGAUUAUUCAAAUCCACCUUCUGGUGUUUUAAACAAAGUCGCUAAACUAUCAAUUACUGAAUCCCAGAUUCGCAAUAUCGAUAUCGGUGUAGAGAAAAACAAUUGGUUGCUAACUCUAAUAAGAUAUAGACUAUCAAAAGAAAUUAAAAACGAUUGUAACAUCUCAAGAACAAGUUCAAAUGCUUCUUUAUCCCCACUACCAUUUGCACAAGAUUUAUUGCAAUUCCAAUUCAAUAAUAAUAAUAACAACAACAUUAGCAGCAAUAAUAAUUCAAAUUUUUUAAAUGCCUAUUCCUCUUCCUCCGCCAGUGGUAUACCAAGCCAAAACAACUUAUCAUUGAGUACUUCAGGACUGCAACCUGCUUUCAUGCAAGAUUUUGGAAAGCCUUCCCCUUAUACCCAAGAAUUAUUAUCUGGUGGUUAUUCUCCCGUACCUACCAGACCUUCAACGGCCAUACAACUAAAUAGAACAAGAAGUAAUUCUUCUUUAUUACUAUUCCAAAAACCGUCACUCUCCAGAUCUGCUUCUUCUAAUGGGCCACCACCGCCAAGGUGA